GCCUUGUAGAAAGCAUGGUUCGUGCAUCUUUUCGAAUCCUUGCAAGCCAUAUGUGUUUAACAUGCACGUUGUGACGUUGACAUCAAUGUAGACCUCACAUGCAGCACCAUGCUCUGCCUUCCCCCCCUGCAAUGCGUCGACCAACCGGGUUGUCCGUAUUACACGCUUUGGGCUGACGUCGGGGAGUGUCGCUCGCGAUCAGACCACACUGCUCGUCAUUCACGACUUUGAUGGAGAGGGUCGGGAUCAUGAAGGGAGGUUUACUGCUCAACUGGGGACGAAAGACAGAAACAAGGAAAUACAUCCAAGAACUAGAAUUUGGAAUCGUAUGGAUCAAUGAGAACAAGAUGCAGCAAGCCCAGUCAAGAACGCAAGUAUAAAUACAAAAGAGUAUCAACUCUCUCACAGAUUUUUCACAACACUCGUGCUCUACACACAGACAAGACAAACCACUCAUGUUCUCAACCUCGUUUCCUCGUCUAUCUCCAACAGCGACAAAGCUCCGACGCUACUCUUCACAUCAUUUCCUCUCCACCCAGAAAGCAAUGACGACAACCACGCCCCCAAGCUUCCCCUUCCAACGCGCUUCGGGGCUCGAACCGCCCGCAGAAUACGCCCGCCUCCGCGCCACGGAACCCGUCUCGCAAGUGAAGCUCUUUGACGGCUCCCUCGCAUGGCUCGCGACGAAGUACAAAGACGUCUGCGCCGUCGCCACGGAUACGCGUCUCUCCAAGGAGCGCACCCGCGCAGGGUUCCCCGAGCUCAGCGCCGGCGGGAAAGCGGCGGCGGCGAACAAGCCCACCUUUGUCGACAUGGACGCGCCGGCGCACAUGCAGCAGCGCGGCAUGGUUGAGCCGCUUUUUGUGCGGGAGCACAUUGCGUCCAUGAAGCCGUAUAUCCAAAAGACUGUGGACGAUCUCUUGGAUAAGAUGGUUGAGCAGGGGUGCGACGAGCCGGUUGACUUGAUUGAUAAAUUUGCCUUGCCUGUUCCGUCAUAUAUUAUUUACACUAUUCUUGGCGUCCCUUUCGAGGACCUCGAGUACCUCACCCAACAAAAUGCCAUCCGGACGAACGGCAGCGGUACCGCAUCGCAAGCUCAGUCUGCAAACCAAGAACUCCUCAACUACCUCGCCAAACUAGUCGACCAGCGCAACAUUGAGCCCAAGGACGACCUCAUUAGCAAGUUGGUCGUGGAACAGCUCAGAUCUGGUCACAUUGAGAAGUCGGAUGCCGUGCAAAUUGCCUUCUUGCUGCUCGUUGCUGGUAAUGCGACGAUGGUGAACAUGAUUGCGUUGGGAGUCAUCGAACUCUUCCGGAACCCAGCUCAACUCGCCCAACUGAAGGCCGACCCGUCGCUCGCCCUGGCCUUCGUCGAAGAGCUGUGCAGGUACCACACCGGCUCCGCCAUGGCGAUGAAGCGGGUGGCCAAGGAGGACAUUGUACUCGGUGGCAAGACCAUCAAGGCGGGCGAGGGCAUCAUCGCCUCAAACCAAUCCGGCAACCGAGACGAGGACGUCUUCCCUGACCCGAACGUCUUUGACAUGCACCGGGCCCCGGACCCGAACCACGCGCUGGGGUUCGGCUUUGGGCCGCAUAGGUGUAUUGCCGAGCCGCUUGCGCGCGCGGAGCUCGAGACAGUCUUUGCAACGCUGUUCCAGAAGCUCCCCAGCCUGAGAAUCGCCGUGCCCAUCCCGGAUAUCGAGUAUACGCCCCUGCACAAGGAUGUCGGAGUAGUCAAGUUACCAGUGGCAUGGUGAGCAGUGACGUGGAUGACAACAUUAUUGGAGGGAAUUCAAAACGGGGGUGGGCGGCGUAGGUUAGACGGUGUUAAGGCCACAAGCCGAAAUCGCCUUCGAUCGAACCUUUUCGUAGAAAGCUCGGUAGUUUGAAAUAUCACAUCUCUUCUCUUCUCUGAGACUUAGCAAGAAGCUCCUUCCAU